CCCGCGGGGAUAAAGCCGGGGAGGGCCGGGCAGGGCCAGAGCCGCGCACCCACGGCCCCGCCGCCAUGAGCAGCCAACGCGUGGAAUCCAAGCCCCCCGAGGAGCGGCCCCCCAGCACGGCCGAGCCCCAGCACCAGUACCGCAACUACACGGAGGGGAAGCUGCUGGAGCGGGUGUACAACACGUACCGGCUCAUGCACACGCACCAGACCGUGGACUUCGUGCGCAAGAAGUGCGCGCAGUACGGGCCGUGCUCGCAGCGCCGCAUGAGCGUGAUGGAGGUGCUGGCGCUGCUGGAUGAGCUGGUGGACGAGUCCGACCCCGACGUGGACUUCCCCAACUCCUUCCACGCCUAUCAGACAGCCGAGGGCAUCCGCAAGGCACACCCCGACAAAGACUGGUUCCACCUCGUGGGGCUGCUGCACGACCUGGGCAAGGUGCUGGUGCUGUUUGGGGAGCCCCAGUGGGCCGUGGUGGGGGACACCUUCCCCGUGGGCUGCAAGGUGCAGAAGUCGGUGGUGUUCGGGGACUCCACCUUCCACGACAACCCCGACAGCAAGGAUCCCCGGUACAGCACUGAGUACGGGAUGUACCAGCCCCACUGCGGCCUGGAGAACGUCCUCAUGUCCUGGGGACACGAUGAGUACAUGUACCGAGUCAUGAAGUUCAAUGGCUUCGCCCUGCCCAAGGAGGCCUUCUACAUGGUGCGGUUCCACUCCUUCUACCCGUGGCACGCUCACGGGGACUACCUGCACCUCUGCAAUGAGGAGGACCUGCGCAUGCUGCCCUGGGUGCGCGAGCUCAACAAGUUCGACCUGUACACGAAGCAGGAGGAGCUGCCCGACGUGCAGCAGCUCCGCAGCUACUACCAGGGGCUCAUCGACAAGUACUGCCCCGGGGAGCUGUGCUGGUGAGGGGGGGCACAGCGCCGGGCCCCCCCCCCGGCACAGUGCGGGAACCCCGGGACUGCACCGCAAUGGGACCCCUUUUGCACCAGGAGCCCCAGUACCACAUGGGACCCCCAGUGCAUUGGGACCCCCCCCCAUACCCCACCGACACCCCCAGUGCAAGGCACCAGGACCCCGCCACACAACACAAUGCACCGGGACCCCCACCACCACAGGACCCCACGGUACUGCAGUGGGACCCCCACUGUACUACACGCACAACUGCAGUGGGACCCACAGCACACGGCACCACACUGAGACCCUCAGCACCCCACAGACUCCAGCCCCAUGGCACAACCCCUUCGCCAUGGGGGGCACUGGGGCCAUACAAUAAAUCUGCUUGUCACACCCC